AUGGCAGGUCCUAGCGAUAAAAUAACAAGAGAAUCAAGCUUCGCGUCUCGAGUACAACAAUUUGAUUUCUGUGGAGAAUCCAUUGAUGCAUCACUGAGAAAACUGCUGGCCAAAGUAUUACUGCCCAAAGAAGCGCAACAAAUUGAUCGUGCCAUGGAAGAUUUCGCCAAGCGCUAUUACGAAUGCAAUCCGAGUUUAGUGGAUAGCCCAGAUGUAGUGUAUGCUGUUGCGUUUUCAAUCCUGCUCUUACACACAGACGCUCACAACAAGAACGUGAAACAAAAGAUGAACAAGGACACGUUUAUCAUGCGCACCAAGAUCAUUGAGGGUGGCGAGGGUGUGCCUCAUGAGAUACUGGAUGUCAUGUACGACAAUAUCGUCAUGUCAGAAUUCACCUAUGCAGAUGGACACAAGGAAUCCAAUGGCAGAGCAGCAGCAGCAACAGCACAGACUGCUGAGAGAUCCAACUCUUGGUUUUCAAAACUAAAGAGUGGCAGUAGUGAUACCAAUGCACAUACCCAGUCACAGGCACUUUUAGCUGAUCUUGGCCAGAAAUUAGAGCAACUCAUGCCUGCUGAAAACACCUUUAGCUACAAACGGACUCUAAAGCCGAUUCCUAUUAUGGAAGUUCAUUUCUCCAUCUUACGAGCCAAAUCACUGUGUUUGGCAGGUGUUCGAAGUCGAUAUGGAGGCGGCGGUAGCAGCGGAUCAGACAGCAACACCAACACAUUUACCAUUCGAGUGACCAAGGCAGGCAUUCUGGAUCGAAAGUACGACCUCACGCAAGGUGGGAAAAAGGCAACGGCGCGAGGAUGGCGACCCUUUGGAUGUAUACUGAGUGGAAGCCAGAUCAUCUUUUUCGCUGACAUUUCAUCAUUUCAAAACUGGCUGGAUCAUCGAGAGGAUCAAGAACAACAGGAGGAAACCGUGACACCACGAAGAAACAACAGUUUUCCAGCAUUUUCAUCCUUGGCAGCAGCAGCAGCAGCAGACUCUUCUUGUUCCAACCUCAGUACGACCACUUCACUCGCAUCCAUGUGCCCUCAACAAGCCUCACAGCAAAAUAUACCCACCAACGCCUUUCUGAGACCCGUUCAAAUUGUAUCACUCUCUUAUGCUAUCUGUAUUUGUGAUGAAGAGUACACAAAAUACCCACAUGUCUUUCGACUGAUAACAGGUGAUGGGCAGCAAUUCUUGAUGCGCGCAGAAGAUGAUCAAGACAUGGAAGAUUGGAUGCUCAAGAUCAAUUAUGCCGCUACUCUGAAAACAACAGGUGUACGCAUGAGACCUACAAAAAAGCCUAGCAACAGCAAUGAAUCCACACAAUCCGUAGAUACCAACAAAUACAACGUGGACCGUUUGAAACGAGAAGAAAAGGCGCGAGAAAAGGUGAUUGAACUCACACAACGUAUAGACGAACAGGUGAAAUUACUGGAUCGAGAAUUACAGUUGCGUCGAAAUCUGAUGGCACUGAUUCCCUGUCAAAAGGCAACCAAAGACAGAAUCCUGCUAUUUGCAGAUGCAGUAGGCAAAAAGCUCAAGACAAAACGGAUCGAGUUGCAACGGUUGCAGUGUUAUCGAGACUAUUUGGAGUGUGAACUUUCGUGGUGUGCAUCACAGCAGCAACAGCAACAGCAACAGCAGCAGAGAAAAAUGUCUUUGCCUUUGCCAUCUCAUUUGUACACAUUUACAGCAUCUCACAACAACUCUGCUAGCAACAACGCAGUAUCAUUACCUGUGGGUGGCACAGGCAAGAGAGAGAGUAUCAAGAAACUUUCCAAUCUCGUAUUCACAGCGCCUCCUUCUGAUGAGCCUUCACCCGUAACGACCAGUUCAAGCACAACGUCCUCCUCACACCACAUGUUACUGGAAUCCUCAUCAGGUAUAAGCGACCUUACCAACUCUGCUGCUGGAAGUCAUCUUCAUAGUGCCAUCAGUGAUUGUGAAAGUGUGGCUACCUGCAAUGGUGUACUACCACAAGAACAUCAAGGUGACGACAAUAACGACAAUGAUGACGACGACGAUAGAAAGAGCCAUGAUUCUACACCUCAGCUGCCCCUAUUUUCAUUCCCCAAAUCAUUCAUUGAGGGUGUCUCGUUCAUGGAUAGUAAGCACGUCAAGGCAGCAUCGGAUAAAGCAGUGGAAAUGGAUCGUAUCAUGCGUCGUCGAAGUCAAAGCAAUCCGGUCAUGCCACACGCGACGCGAUCCCCUAUCAUUGACAAGAAGCUGUUAUUGGUGGAUGCACCUACCAGUAAAGGUGGUCGACAGAGAAGUGGAUCAGAAGCGUCGUCUGUGCAAGGGGAUGAUGAUGACAUGAGUGUGGUGAUUGUCAAUGAUUCGGAAGAGUUGCUCACAGAUACAUCCUCAUGGCCAACCACAACACCCUCUGUCACCUGA